CUGGUUAAGCAAUGUUUUUGAGGUGUGAUUUCAUGAACUACGGCUGUUCGUGGCAGUUUUGGUCAAUUGCUGAUUGCAAGUCUGUCUUCGUCAAUUCCUCCUCUCCAAUUCGAUCCUCAUGACCAUCAUCACCUCGAGGGACCAGCACCUCGACUGCUUACGGCACAGGCAGGAAGAGGUCACGCAUACUGUUCUGCUCAUUGCCGCGGCCGUCGACGCAAGUGAGAUACAUCAAGGCAAGCGUGCCCUGUCAAUAGCAGUUCGGGUGGCUGCUCUCUCUCUGUCUUAGAUAUUGCGUAGAGCACAUCUCACCUCACUCGA